AAGCUAGGUAGCAAUGGCUUCCAGCGUGCGGCAGCCAUGGCCCCUCCUCCUGAUCGUCCUCCUCCCGUCCUUGGCCACGGCGACGGUGUUCGACGACAACUACGUGCCCUCGUGGGGCGCAGACGGCUACCACCUCGUCGACCAGGGCACAGAGACCCGUCUCACCAUGGACAGAACCUCCGGCGCAGGGUUCCGCUCCAGGUCGACGUACGGGUCGGGGUUCUUCCACAUGAGGAUCAAGGUGCCCGGGGGGUACACGGCCGGAGUCAUCACAGCCUUCUAUCUGGCGUCGGAAGCACCUUAUGAUGGCAGUGACCGCGACGAGGUGGACUUCGAGUUCCUGGGCAACGUGGACGGCGAGAACAUCACCCUGCAGACCAACGUCUUCGUCAACGGCGACGGCGACAGGGAGCAGAGGCUCAACCUGUGGUUCGACCCGGCAGCCGACUUCCACGAGUACAAGAUACUCUGGAACCCGUACCAGCUCGUGAUAUUGGUGGACGAUGUGCCGAUACGGGUGCUGAGGAACCUGACGUGGCAGGUGCCGGAGUACGAGUUCCCGGCGAAGCAGAUGGGCGUGCGGGCGAGCCUGUGGGACGGCUCCGACUGGGCGACGGACGGCGGCAGGAUCAAGAUCGACUGGGGCCGCGCGCCCUUCGCCGCGGGGUUCCAGGGCUUCGACGUGGACGCCUGCGCCAACACCAGCUCCACGCCGUGCGACUCGACGGACCUCUGGUGGAACGCCCGCAGGCACAGGCGGCUGUCCGUCCGGGAGCAGGCGGCCUACGAGCACGUCCGGAGGACGUACAUGAACUACGACUACUGCGCCGACAAGGAUCGGUUCCAGAACGGCAAGGUGCCGGUUGAGUGCAGCUACACUACUUAGCCUACUGCUAGCUUGGAUUGGAUCAGAUCGAUUUCUAGUUAAGAUGGCUAUGCAUGAUUAAAGGGAGGUCCUCAGCCAAUAUGCAGUCUCGAAUAAUAUUUGCAUCAUAACAUGUGGGAUCGUCUCUUCUAAUUCUUUUUAUCCAACUUAUUUAUGAUUUA